GGUUCAGCCAUGCUGUCCGGGGAGCAGCCCUGCUUCCAGCUGCUUCGGUUCGGGUCGUCCACGGGUGACUCGGCGCGGGAUCUGUACACGUUCCGGCCGACCCAGAACCGCUCGGUGUUCCGUUUGGGCCGAGCGGCCGAGCUGUGUGACGUCACGCUGGACUCCACGGCGGUGUCGCGCAUCCACUCCGAGCUGCACGCUGAGAGGGAUGCGAGCGGAGAGGACGGAGAGGAGCAGCAGGAGGAGGAGGAGAGCUGGAAGGUCUACAUUAAAGACAGGAGCAGUCAUGGCACGUGGGUCAACGACGUGCGCCUGCAGCCGGGCAUUCUGUGGGAGCUCUCAGACGGCGACACGCUGACCUUCGGGGACCAGUCGGCUCCUGGGAGCCCCGAGUCCUACUUCCUUUUUCAGAAGGUCAAAGUUCGCCCGCUGGACUUCGAUGCCAUCACCAUUCCAAAGGCGGGAAUCUUUUCCUCUGACUUGCAGAACCGGAUCAGGACCAGCCUGGACCGAAAGGUGGCCACCAACCUGGACCAUCCCAAGAUGUCCAGGGCCACGGUCAUCCUCAACUCCAUCGGCAGCCUGAGCAAGAUGAAGGGCAGCGCCUGGACCUUCAAGAGGAGCCACAGCCACGAGGGGGCCGUCUCCGACCCCGGAACCUCCUCUUCCUCGCCUGUGAGCUUCACCUCGCUGCUCCCUUCCUCCGCUCCUCCGUCGCUGACCUCCGCGGCCUCGGGGCCGUCGGCAAAGCCCCUGCAGACGGCCUCCAGGAGCAGGAGGAAGUCUGCGCACACGGUGCUGCUGGAGGACGACAGCUCCGACGAGCCCAGAGGUCGCGCAGCUCUGGUUGGAGUUGUAGAGGAGGGCCAGAGAGCGCGGACGAAGAAGAGACGGAGGCUCUACAGGUCCGAGUCCGAAGGUUUCAGCUCCCCUCCUCCUCUGCAGCCGAAGCUCCACAGCGACAUCCGCAGGCCGAUGGAGCCCAAGCCUUUCCCUGUCGGGAUCCGAACCAUCGGCAGCUUCCACGGCGCCAUGACCAACAGCCAGCUGAACCAGCAGCUCCUCCAGGCCUCCUUCACCAGCAUGGUUCCUCCCAAACAGGAAGUGGGGACCACGCACCGGGUCAAAACGGUGCUGCACGGCAGCAUCGCCACUUUCCGCCAACAGAAACCAGCCGCUGUUCCACCUGCAGCGCAGAGAGGCAGGCGGAGGGCCAACAGCACACCGGUGUUCUCCCCCCUGGUGGUGGGAGGAGAGAACUACAGCCUGGCUUCACCCACAAUGAGGGUCCGGACGGACGAGAGAGGAAGGGUCCCGUUCCACCGCUUCCAUCAUCCGACAGCUAAACGACGAGGUCGCCCCAGGAAGCACCCCCUCCCUCCCCGGCCCUCGCUGCCCUCUCCAUCCUCCUCCUCUUCCUCCUCCACCUCCUCAGCCUCCUCUUCCUCCGGCUCCUCCUCGUCGUCCUCCGAGGAUGAUGAUGACGACGACGACGACAUGGCGACCGUGGGGGCCAUGGAGCCGUGCGCGGCGCCGCGGUGCCGGCUGCCCCAGCAGGACACGGUGCAGUGGAUCCAGUGCGACGUGUGCGACGCCUGGUACCACUUGGACUGUCUGCACGUGGACCGGAAGAAGCUCCUGAAGGACCCCAACGCCGACUUCCACUGCGGCUGUCGCUGA